AUGACUUCUCCUUUGAUGAAAGCCCUUAUUUUGGACAGCAACAACAAAAGUGCAUUCGUACAGGCUAUUCCGCGUCCGGUUCCACAGGCGGGUGAAGUCCUGAUUCGCGUUCAUGUCGUUGCUCUGAAUCCGGUGGAUUCGCUCUACGUCGCCAAUCCCUUGGGCACCACAGGCCGGACAGUGGGCAGUGACUUUUCAGGAACAAUCUUGGAGACUACUUCUUCCCGACUUCGACCUGGGCAGAAAGUGGCUGGAUUUCUUCAAGGAGCAUGCAGCGUUAACGACCGCCCCGGUGCCUUUGCCGAGUUUCUUGUUUGUCCAGAGGAUCUGCUAUGGACAAUACCUGAUUCAAUGACUCUGGAGGAAGCUGCGACGGUCAGUCUUUGUGCCUUAACAGCAGCGCAAGGGCUGUUCUAUCGGCUAGGACUGAAAGCUCCGUUUGACUGGGCUCAGGACGAGUCUCCGAAAAGAGACGAUUCAUUGGUUGGAGGCACAGCAUCUUUCACAUUCUUCGUCUAUGGUGCCUCGACCUCUGUGGGCAUGUACGCGGCGCAGCUUGUGCGAUGGAGUGCUAAGGCUACCGGAGCAGUCAUAAGACUAAUUGGAGCCGCAAGCCCGGCCAAAUUUCCUGUGCUCCAGGCUGAGCCAUACGGCUAUGACGUUCUUGUCGAUUAUCGAGAUUCGCUUUGGCCGCAACAAGUGGUUGCUUCGACCGGAGGCACUGGUGUGGAUUACGCAUACGACUGUAUCUCUGAGGGACAGACUGUCAAACUAGUAGGCAGCACAUUGCGCGAUGGCGGAAAGAUCGCGGUGGUCCGCUCAAAAGAAGGAGGCGCCUUUGACAGUCAGGGGCUGGAUACUCAACCUAUAUAUGGCGCGGUGUGGGAAGGCCUGGGAGUCGGGAUUCAAUACCAUAAAAUGCUGGUUCCGGCAUCGGCAGAGGCGCGAGAGUUUGCCACCUGUUUCUACCGUUGGUUAUCAGGGCAACAUAGACUUGUUGCCAACCCAAUUCGUCUGAUGCCGGGUGGGAUGGAAAGAAUUGUACCAGAUGGGUUUGCUUUGCUUGGUUCUGGUUCGAUGACUGACCGUCCACAACCAAGGCACGAGCCUUGGAUGAAACCUAUCAGCGGCGAAAAAUUGGUCUACAGAAUCACAGAUUAA